GUCCCGGGCAAGUAACGAAAAAUCGACACGCGCGGUUAGUCGGGUUUCCCAGUUCCCAAUUGUUGGGCUCCUUCUGCUGAUAUCUGUGAGUGAAGGGCUAAGCUUUGCUGCACUGUUUUUUUUUCUGGCUAUCUCCAUUUCACGAGUCCACUUCCCCCCACGUCCACACACCAACCAUUCCCGUGGACCGUGGAAAGUGGCAAUCAUCGAAAGCAUCGACCGGCGGUUCGGAGUUUCGGGAUUUUUUUGUUUUUGGACCCUGUUGUUCGACACCGUCCGGACGGUGGAAAGACGGUGGUGUUAGCUGCUGGGGGCGACGGCGGUGGUCAACAAGUUAUUGCAUUCCCUUCUGUAGGACGCGUUGGACGGGCACCGUCGGGCGUCGCGGUGAGUAAUGAUUAGGCUACGCGAUUUGAAUCCUAAUCCGAGCACGAACGAUGACCGACGAUGAUGCGUUGAGCUGAAAACGACGAUGAAGUUUUGGGCGACCGACCCACCGACGGAAAAAGGCAACGGAAAUCGAUCUCCUGAAAUGUGUUGUUUUUUCCGGCUAGUUGAUUCGGCGGGUGCAAAAAGCUAUUCGAAGAUGUAACGACGAUGACAGUCGCGCCCUGAAUAGGUAAUAGGUUGUCUCCUGUAUCUCUCUCUCUUUCUGUCGUCGUCUGUUUCUCGUGCUAUCUGCCUGUCUGUCUAUCCCUUGCAUUUGCCGCUCCAGUCCAGAAGUGGUUGAAAGUCGUACGUUUUUAUUAUUCCAUUGCUUCUCGCGCUCGGUCCGGGAGUGUAAGAAAAUCUGUGGCAAAUCGCGAGCUGCUGCGAUUAAAGCGCCGCCUCAAACGUGCCAAUUGGAUCAUGAUGCCAUCAUAAUCAGAUUCGAAAUCCGUGACGAAGACAAUCGCCGACCGUUUCCAAAGGGUUUCGGGAUCAGCCUGUUGUGCCGUGCCGUGCCGUUCGGAAACAACAACAACAACAAGAACGGAGAAUAGCGCACGAGAAAUACAGGAGGACGGUUUCAGUCGUCCAUCUGAGAGGAAAUUAAAUUUUGAUGUAAAGGAACUGAUUUCUGGUGCGGCUAAGGGAAGAACCAUUGCAGAAUGACAGGUGGCAGAGGGACGAAAUGGGCAGCACCGCCGAAGGUCCUUUUUUUUGCUCACCGUGAGCUCAGUUGAGGCGAUACGGCGAAAAGCCAACAAGUGAAAGAACAACAACAACAACAACAAUUGCUUGUCAGAAGCGAAGAAGCAGCGAAGUGAUUGUCUGUGUGGUGAUUCAAAUGUGUGAUACCGUAACCGUGAAGAAGAUAAAUGGAAAUUAUAUAAACGCGGAGAUAGCAUUUCUGUGUUCGGGGUAUUUUUUUCUUCCUCGCUACUGCUGCUGUUGAACAGCGAGAAGAAUUAGAGAAAUUGUUCGUGUGUCUGUGUUAACGUGCAAAGGAUCUCCGCUGAUAACGAGAUAGAUAGUAGAAAGAAGCAAAAAAAAAAACGGAACGAGAUCGGAAGGCAACAUUCGUCUAGCGUUUAGAUUUUUUUUUCAACCAAAGUGAAACGAUAACGAGAAGAAGAAAAAAAGCGCAGCAGGCGGCGCGAAGAACAGGAAACUUCUUGUUGGAAAGGAUUCAACCUGGCGCAGGAAUAAUCAUCUGCAGAAUUCAACGAUCACGAAACCACCGGUCGUUUCGCCGCCGUCUGACACAUCGGUUCGCUACGCCGGGUAGCACCGUGUCUUCGCACGAUCAUCGGUCGUCGGUCGACUUUGGCAACGGGGCCACCAGUGGCCACCUUCGGAAGCGGCACAAUCACGAACGAAGCUACCACCAUUGGAGGAAACCGUAGUGGCAGUACUUCAACAACGCCAGUGUUGCCAGGGCGCCCAGUGCGAGUUCGGUGCGCUACCAGCAGUACGCCUACCAUCCGAUCGGCCGUGCGCCGGAAGAAGCGCCGGAGACGAAAGAAAAACAGCGACCACUAUGGGCCACUACCGGGUGGCGUUAAUGGCGUUAAUUUACAAUCCAACACCAACAGUAGCGUGAACAAUUGUAGAGUAGAGAGUGAUCGGUGGGGAACGUGGAAUUGAAUAAGAAGAAGAAGAAUAAGAAGGAAAGGCGAGAUCAGGAGUUGCCAGUCGAUUUCUGUGUUUUGUGCGAUCGUUUCCGUUCCGUUUCUUCAGUGUUUUGGUUCGAGUUUUCUAGAUAAAUAGUUAUCGAAAGUUAAUUGCGGUUUGACCGACGUUUUGACGGACGUCCUGUCGAACACACUUUUUCACAGCCGAUUCCCCGGGGGCCGAGAGGAGCACACGACUGUAGCGGAAAAUCGGAAUUUCGGAGUAAAACGGGUAUCCCAAUCAUUGUUGUUUCGUGUCGUACUACGUAGCAACAAUACUCAAGUAAUCAAACAAAAAUUUAAAAAAAAGGAACAAAAUUAAGCAUACGCCACGCGCUUAAAUUAUCUUUGGCCGCACACGUGCACAAACAAAAUGCAGUUGGCUAUUGGGUUUCGCCACUAGGUAGUACAUACGUAGCUUGUCAGUGUGAGUGUGUUUCGGUAAAGCAAAUCAGCAGAAAGCAUCCAGUGUGCGAUAGUGUAAAUAGGAAAAAAAAUUUUCUAUCAUAGCCGUGUCUAUCCGUAGCUUGCAAAAAAAACUCGCAUUAGUGAGUCGGUCAUUGAGAUCUAAAAUAUUUAGCAAAUCAAAAUAUAAAUAAACACACAUAUUUAGUUUAAUUCGUACAUUACGAAAGCCAACAGAAAAAAAAAAUCCAAACUGUCGGGAGAUUGUGGGACCAGCCAAUUACACUGUUUGUCACUCCGAAUGUAUUACCAAACGGCGAGGCUAGCCUAGACCCUCUAGCUUGCGCGCGUGUGUGUGUGUUUGUUUGUUGUAGUCAUCCAAUUCGGUAGGAAGAGAACACAAGACUACCAGCAGCCAUCACGAUGGAUUAUCCGUUGAUUACGACGGGUAACAUCUCGCAGGAGGACUUCCUGGCCAUUGUCGGUGGGAACUCUUCGCUGGCGGGACUUAUGCACGGUUCCGCGACGAAUUCGUUGAAUGAUUCCCUGAACGGCGUGAUGGCCACCGGCGGUGACAAUCGGACUAUCUUUACUGGCUACCCGAGCGGAUACACACUGCCGCACAUCAUUAUCGCAUCAAUUAUCGUGACAAUACUAAUGAUAGUCAUCGUAGUCGGUAACAUGCUGGUGAUCAUCGCGAUCGCCACCGAGAAGGCCCUGAAGAACAUCCAGAACUGGUUCAUUGCGUCGCUAGCGGUGGCGGACUUCUUUCUCGGUCUGGUCAUCAUGCCGUUCUCGCUGGCCAACGAACUGAUGGGUUACUGGAUCUUCGGGAACUGGUGGUGCGAUAUCCAUUCGGCCAUGGACGUGCUGCUGUGCACGUCGUCGAUUAUGAACCUGUGUCUGAUCUCACUCGAUCGGUACUGGAGCAUCACCAAAGCGAUCGAAUAUCUCAAGUCUAGGACACCGGGCCGGGCGGCAUUUAUGAUUGCGGCGGUGUGGAUCAUGUCGGCACUGGUUUGCAUACCGCCGCUGCUGGGUUGGAAGGCACCCCGUCCGGAGGAGCACGUCGAGCUGCCACAGUGUCAGCUGAGUCAGGACAUUGGCUACGUACUCUACUCGGCGCUCGGGUCGUUCUACAUACCGAGCUGCAUCAUGGUGUUCGUGUACAUUAGGAUCUACUAUGCGGCGAAGGCACGAGCCCGCCGGGGGAUACGGAAAAAGCCUCUGAAGCCACCCAGUGAACAGGAUACCAGCUUUACGCGAACGAACCCGAUGCCAUCGCUACCCAGUGCCUCAUCAGUAUCGGUCGGUGCCGUGGCCACUAGUGCCAAUGGUCAGCAUCCGACCAGCGCUGCCAACAGUAACAUCAACAACAACAAUAAUAACAGUUUGAGCAACAACACCGGCCAACCGCCACAGCAGCAGCAGCAAAUAGCGACAAUAGAACCGCCACCACGAGGACUAGCCGGUGGUGGUGGUGGUGGUGCUGGAUGUGGCACGACUAUGUCCAUCCCGGUGGUGACCUGCGAUUUUGCCUCGGACAUGUCGACCAGUGAGGCAGCGGAUCACGACCACGCAGCAGCAAUACAGGAAAUGAAAGAUACGCUCAAGGUGGGGACACCGAUGAGCGGCUUGACCUCACUGCCUUUGCUCCGGGGGAAUAACGGAGCGGCGGCGAACUCCGGUGCGGCAGUCAGUCCGGGGAUUUCGCCGCGAAACCGGGCCCUCUCGGUAGGCAUCGAGACGGACAUGGUGAGUGAGUUCGAUCCGUCCAGUUCGGAUUCCGGUGUGGUCAGUAGGUGUGCGGUGGUGAAACCGCUCAAGUUCAGGCUGUGUCAACCGAUAUUCGGACAACGGGGUAGGGGUAGAAAUAAGACUAAAGCCAUGGUGAACUGUGCGGGUGCGGGUGGGGCUGGCAUGGGACAGCAAACGAUUUCCAUAUCGGCCCGGCAGACCGAUAGUGCUUGUAGCGAGAUGGAACCGGCACUGCCCAAAGCCAAACCACGGGAUCCGGAGAAAGAGAAACGGCGGAUAGCGAGAAAGAAGGAAAAACGGGCCACUUUGAUCCUUGGACUGAUCAUGGGCAGUUUCAUAGCCUGCUGGUUGCCGUUUUUCUUUCUCUACAUUCUGGUGCCGGUUUGUAAGGACUGUCACAUACCGGACAUUGCAUUUUCGCUAGCAUUCUGGCUAGGCUACAUGAACUCGGCCCUGAAUCCGGCCAUCUACACCAUCUUCAACAAGGACUUCCGGCGGGCUUUCCGACGGAUCCUGUUCAAGUGAUGUUUGGCGUACGUGUGCUGCUACCGCUGCGUUUCCCGAAGCAUCGAGAAAGCUACGGAACGGGCAGUCAGUGGCGCACAACUCGGCGGUGGAGGCUACCGGGGCGGUUACCUGCGAUAACCCCAUUCAGUUGUAUUGACCAAAAAAUCUUGCCAGUUCUUCGUCAAAACAUCGGAAUCCCUAGCACCGACAUCGUGUCUAAUAAUCUAAGACUUUAACACCAAGUGUCCACAAGCACAACAUAACACUCACACUCACACUGACACUCUCACACAGAGACUCCAGGAAACACGAAAAAAUCUUCUAGCACACCGCAAAUACAUCACACACACAUACAUAGAAUCGAGUCCCACCCGAAACGAGGGCUGAUGAAUUUAACUGUUAGAAAGACUUAUUGUAAACGAACUCGCAAAUUUUAUACCAAGCACUAUCUAUACUUUCAAGUUUAGAUGUCGAAACGUCGUCUACUAGCUCCCACCUCACUCACCCGCAACCCCACCAACAUCUAGCAGCAGGGCUGGACCCGGUUCGAAAGACAUUCGGUGGGAUGUUCUCCGUUCCCUCCCUUUCGAACACAAGAGUUAGAGAGAGCAAAAGUUGGAGAGUACAGGGGAAUAAUUAACAAAAAAAAAACGAUAGCGUAAGCAAUAAUUGUAAUCUCAAAUCUUGAGUUUCAAAUUAUUAGCAAUAGGUUUCGAUUAAUAUUUAGUGAAGAAAGAAAAAAAAGUCAAGUCAAAAUAUACUAGCGUAGAAACUUUUUUGAGGUUAGAAUCAAACCGAACAGUAACGUAUAGGAAUCGUGUAAAAAAGAAGCAUAACAAACUCUAGGAGAUAAAUACCGGUAAAACACUAAAAACUAGCUACAAUUUGUAUGACCUGGGCCACAGCCGGUCGUCUGGUGCGAAAAUUAGCCCCCUAUUUAGUACGCCACCGGACGAACGACUCCGCCCAGCUGUAAAUAGUGUAAAUAUCUUCAACUCAUCUCGGCACUCAUAAUCACUCACACACUCACUCACAUGUUCUAUAGAUCAAAUAUUCAUUCAAACGAACAAUGUUUUAAUCAAGCAAUAAAUCCACGCCUUUGCGGCGAUUCCGAUGGGUCGUGGGUCACCAAACUGUGUGUGUACAUAACCUACAAACUAAACAAAAAAAAAACACCUAAAGAAAUUGAAAAAUAUUGUUAGUGUUCUAUGAAAUUUUAAAAAAGUGGUAAUCAAAAGCUCGUUCUGUACAUGGGUGUUAUUUUCCUAGUGGGAUAGUGUUGAUUCUUAUACAAGCAGAAAGCAGCAAAACAAAACAAAAAUACAGAAAACAGGUGAAACGUCUGUCAAAUGCCCACUAUAUAGUUUUGAUAUAUUCUAAUAACUGUUGCCAGAGUAUUAAUAUGUAUGAAAAUUUACACUUUUUACAAAUCCAUCUCGCGCGGUACACAGCGAAAACGUUUGCGCGACUAACCUAUGACCUCGUCAAACGGCAAACGGGAAAAUUAGAAAGAAAAAAAAACUAAAACAAAAACCAAUAUGAAAGAAAUCAAGUGAAAAUUCUUCGCCCUCCCUUCGCCGCAGCGUUGCCAGAUGCAAUCGGAAGGGAAAUGAUAAAAAAGAAAUUUGCAAAACAGCUGCCCAUCCCGGUGUUCCCGGGGCACUCCGAACUUCUCUACCUGCAUUCUACACUGUAAAGAAUAUACCGACAGCCCGGGGGCCGAGCCGGUGGUGCCAGCUGUUCUCUUCCUUGUACAGUCGGAUCGUUUCCCCUAGUCUGGCAUCCAAGGAGGCCGAGGGCGCAUAAAUUUAGGCAGUUGUGUCCGAACCCCCGCGAACCGAACGCGGAAAAUGCAACCGUACAUACACAUGAAGUUAGUUCAGAAUGUUUAGUAUUCUAAAUUCAUACGAUUAGUAAUCAAACAGCUAGGUGUAUAUUUUUCUUCCCACGAAUUCAAACACUAGCGGUAACCUCGCUCGUCGGCGGAUAAUCCGGCGGUUUUUUUGGUGUUUUAAAGCGAGCGAUUCAUUAGUGUCUAUCGAAAUUCAAAAGUCGCCCCAAAAGUGGAGGAACUGGAAGAGUAAAAAAAAAACAUCCAGUAAGUAGAUUAUUCGAAUAAAAAAAAGUAAAUAUUUUUAUACAAUUACAAUUGAUGUUGUUAGGUAAAGUAAAACUAAAACAAACAAAAUCAAAAAAUAAACAAAAAUUGUGGCGUAAAGUUACUACUUAGUUACCAACUCCAAUUUGCACGCACCAUCUAAGGGAAGUCACAGUUAUCACCAACACCAUCACCUCAUUACUACUCAUCGCUACACACACAGAAAAAAAAAACGCAUAUAAAUUGAAUGUUGAAUUUUGUCGGAUACUACAGUUAUUGUAUACAACUACUGAGCGUGUGUGCAUAGAAAAAAGGAGAAAAAACAAGAACAAACGGCAAAGGUUUCUAUAUUAUUGAAUGAUUAUUAUUAUUGUUCUAAUUAUUAUCAUCUUGAUUGUUAUUAUCCGAACAAAAUCAUUAAACAAGCGCGUGAACUAAAUCUCGUAGCAUUAGAGUAAGUCAGACUAAACGUGAAUUACGAAUUGUACAUCCUUCUCAUGAACAAACAAACUACAGCCCUUCGACCGAUUCGGAAUCGACUAGCAUUCGGCAGACUUUGUACAUUUGGGAAACAGUACUACCUUCAAAGUAAAACCGAAAAACCAGUGGAAGAAGUGGUUUGGUUUACUCGAUUUGAAACCACCUGCGACGGGUAGCUGUGUCGAUAAAGUAGAUACGCGAUAUAGUAGAGCUAACCGAAGAGAAACAGUGCGUAUUUCGUCCGCAGCUCUGGUCGGAGUUUGUCGGGAAAAGUCAAUUAUUCGAUACAAAUAAGAACAUUCCUUUUUUCUCGUACAAUGAUUAGUUAUUACAACUUGAAACUACCGCAAGCUUAAGUGAAUUGAAUUUGCGUUUGUGACACGACUAUUUGCUUGAUUUUUUGACGAUAAUAUUUAUGAAGUAUUCAACGCAUCAACAUAAUUCUUUCUCCAUGCCAUCAGAAAUAUUUUUAUUUUCAAGCUUCUGAAUAUUUUUGGAACUAUUUUCUUGACUAAAUUUUGGAACUGGAUUCAGUUCCUUAAUUUGUAAUCGAAAUUCCAGAAUUCUGAUUCAGAAACUCAAUUUCAAAAUUCCGUUUCAGAAAUUCAAUUUCAGAAUUUUGGAAACAAGUGACUUUUAGAAAGACUUUAAGAUCUGAACUCCGAAUCUGAAUUUUGGAACUGACUUCUGAAGAAGAAUUUAAUUCCUGUUGUGGAACUAAGUUCGGAACUUGAAUUAUGCGACUAGAUUUUUGAACUUAUUUUAGUUAAGCUAAAUUUUAUACAGAAUUAGGGUUAACACCUCGAAUACCUCUCUCGCACGGCAUCAAUUUUAUUCGGGGAAAAACAGAUCCUUAUAUAUGCAUAACCAUAGAUCUAACUACCGGAAACCAGACGAUACGUGGGAUAUGCUCAUUGUUUUGUCUCAUUCCUCUCAUGAUUCUUUGGUCAAAAGUAAUGUGUCAGUCAACAGAUGGUAUGUUAAGAUCUGAUUUUUCAUUGAAACGGAGGCUGAUCAAAAUUAAACUAAGAACGCAGGUUCGAGUCCUGUCUCUGAGCGUAUCUUUUUCCAAUAAUUCAUUUUCUGUUAGUUUUUCAUUCAUUUGGCUUCUCCAAUAAGAAGUGUAUCGAAAAGUAGUUAGCAACAUUGAUUAUUGAAUAAAAAAGCGAAAACAAAACAUAUUUUGACAUCAGUUUUUGAUAUAUUGUAGAAAAAAAACAUUUUUAUGCAUUUCACUGAUUAUAUUGAAGAAAAUCAUAGUUUCUGUGAAACGCUCAAACUUUGGACUUGACAUUCUUCAUUAAAUUCUGCACAGUUACUUUUGUGGCUUUCCUGGUGGCAGCUGUCCAGUUUUUUUUUUGAUCUCCUGCAUGUUUUGGGACACUGUACCUUCCUUCCGAAAGUGCCGCUUGACAAUUGCCCAAUACCUUUCAAUUGGCCAAAGAUCCCGGCAGUUCGGUGGGUUGAUGUCCUUUUCCACGAAUUGUACAUUAUUUUUUGACAACCACUGUAUAACGGAGCUGGCGUAGUGGGCUGAAGCCAAAUCCGGCCAGAAGAGAGGAGGAGUCUUAUGCUUUCUGUACAGUGGCAACAUUCUCUUCUUCAAACAUUCUUCCUCGUACACCUUGGCGCUAAUGCCAGACCAACACCUUCUGCCCAAACUUUUCCAUCGCCACCGUGGUGUCAGCGUCGUCCAGGUCCUGGUACACCGAUUUAUUGCGGUCCGGGCAGCGCUCGAGAGUCUUCCUUGGCGUAGGUUACGUCGUCGAUGCAUCCGUCUUUAUUCUGUAGAAUCCGGUUAUACAGUUUUCGCGCUCUUGUUUUGGCCUGAACUUGCUGUACCAGGGACUUUUUCGGCACCUUCUGUUUCUUGUACGUUUUCAGGGAGUUCCGAACUUUGAUCCGUUGAAUCAUCCCGAUGCUGGUGUUGAACUGCUUGGCCAAAUCCCGCGUCGACGCCGAUGGGUUUUUCCUGAUGUACUCAACCACUUUUAAGUCCCGGCCGGGCUGGCUUGGACCCGUUUUCCUACCGGAUCGGGGCAAAUCCUCCAUGGAAAGGGUCUUACCGAACUUCUCGAUAAUAUUUUUGACACUGGUGUGGUGUACUUUCACCCGUUUUGCAAUUUCGUUGUACGUGGCACCACUUUCUGAGCUCCAAGUGUGCAGAAUUUUCUUUCGCGUUUCCGGAUCAAUUCGACUCAUCAUUGAAACGAUAAACCGUACCGAAACCGAUCGAUUGCGAAGCGCUCGAUUGCGAUUACGCUGCAAAAAAAUUAAGCCAUUUCAGAGUAAUAACUGUUUGAAUGUUGCUAACUAUUUAUCGAUACACUCCUUAAGUAUCAAAAUUGUGUUCUUUCAUUCGUUUGCCCUUUUAGUCAUUUGCUGUUUUCAGUGAAAAUCCUACAGUAUGCAGUGUCGGUAUUCAACCGAAGCUUUGAGAAUCGAAAAUGACAGAAAAAGGUUUCACAAUGGCUUUUACCUGUUGGUGCUCGAAUUUGUAGUAGUUUUGGUUUCCAAAGAGGUUCUGGGAUUUAAUUACUUCGAUUUGUCAUAUUUUAGUCACUCUUUAUUGCCAAGUGUCACAGAUUUUCAAUACUUCCUGCAGACGUUUAUCGU